UGUACUUUAAAAAACUGUCAUUCCAUAUUUUGUCCCAUAAUGGCCGACAAAAGUUUGUGGGAUUCCUUCAUUCCAAAAGCUAAGGUAAUCGGUAGUUUUGCAAAACAUUGUAAAGAUCACAAUAAGGAACGUGCUGAACUGGUUAAAUUUGUUGAACACAUGGUAAAAGAUUUGAAAGAAGACGAAGAGGAAAUAGAGAUUACGGAACGGUAUCAAUUUAGAGUACGAAAAUUUUCUGUGGUACCAGCGCCAAAACCUAGAGACGUAGAGUACACGCUUAAUAAAAAUGGUCACGAUGAGUACUGUUUUGUAUGCGAAGAGCUUUUUCCUCACUUCAGUAAGGAUGUAUAUCCUUGUCGUGUUUGCACCCGUGCCUUCCAUAAGAACUGUGUACAAUUGUUGAGUGAUUCAGAAUGUUCCCAGUUUGACAAGGUUACCAUAGAUAGAAGACAUACAAAUAGUGGCUGGAGCUGUUAUAGAUGUGCAAACUUAUCACUUCUUCUAACAGACAAAGAAACCUCAACUCUUUUUGAGAUAUUUGAUGAAAUAGACUCCAAUAACGAUUCGUAUAUUUCGCAAGAAGAAUUUGUAAAUUACAAAAAUAAAACGAUUCACAUGGCAUCAACAGACAGCGGAAAACAACAAAUCAUUUUACAGUUUAAGAAAAUAGAUACGGACAAAGAUGGACGUAUAAAUUGGUGGGAAUUUCUCAGUCAUGAAGCUAGACUAAUACUUGCAAAAAGGUCAACGGAUGAUUUAUUAGACAUGCUCACAGAAAAGGAAAUAGUUCAUGCAAAAGCUGUGUUCUCUCAUAUGGAUGAUGAUGGUGAUGGUCUAGUAACACAUACUAAAGCUUUGACAGCCUACAGAAACUGGUACAAAAGAUUUGAUGUAACUGACUCGUCAACUUUAUCUCUACAUGCAGAUGUAGCAGCGAAAAUGGUAAUGGACCAUGACAAGAAAAACAAAGGGACCGUAACCUGGGUUGAAUUCCUGACUGGACAAGCCUUGUAUAUAGUUUGUGGAAGACCUAAUUUAUAAUGUGUGCGGCUUUGUGAAACAGUAAAUUUUUAACGCAACUUUCAAAGACAUAUAACUUUUCAAACGUCAUAAUUACCAUAACCGUAUACAGCUACAUAUAUUUAUAAUUUAUGAACAGAAAGACAGUUAGACACCCAAAAGCUCUCUUUUCAUCACAGACUCUCAUGAAGAUAUCUAAUAAAUUUAUCACUUGUGUGCGUUUCUAUAUUUGACAAUACACAUUAUAUAGAACUAUAGAAUAGCUAUACGAUUCUUUGAAGCCACUUGUCACCAUAUGUUACAUCAACAUUUAAAUUGUAGCGUCUUCUUCACAUGUUUCAUUUAAAAAAAAUGUAUUUUCAUCUAUGUGCACACAUUUUUAAAAGAACUAUCAAUGUACGUUAAAGGAGCAUUAGCUGUCAAAUUCAUGUCACCGAUUUUACUCAAAUUCUCAUAUCUGAUUUAUAACAUACUAAAACAUAUACUAGUGUUCAAACUAUAAAAAGUCUAAAAUAAACAAUUUACGAUGCA